AUGAGGAGGAAGAAGAUGAGGAAACUGGAUAUCUGGGCCGUGGCCUCCUGUCUACAGGACCGUAUUAUUAUGGAGAACCUCACUUCUGGGGAUGAGGCCUCCUGUAUACAGGAAUCUGUAGCUCGUCGUUCUGUUACUGUCACAUUGAAAGACGAAGAGGAGGAGAGGGGAGAUCUGAGUAACACCAGAGAAAGACCAGACUCACCCUCUGACAGCGGGAAGAGUCCUUCAGGGGAAUCAGACCCAGAGAAGAGUCCUUCAGGGGAAUCAGACCCAGAGAAGAGUCCUUCAGGGGAAUCAGACCCAGGGAAGAGUCCUUCAGGGGAAUCAGACCCAGGGAAGAGUCCUUCAGGGGAAUCAGACCCAGGGAAGAGUCCUUCAGGGGAAUCAGACCCAGGGAAGAGUCCUUCAGGGGAAUCAGACCCAGGGAAGAGUCCUUCAGGGGAAUCAGACCCAGGGAAGAGUCCUUCAGGGGAAUCAAACCCAGAGACGCCCAAAGCAGCAGGAGGACAUCACUGCUCCCACUGUGGAAAGAGUUUUACCAAGUUAGGGAGCCUGAAGAAACAUGAGAGGACACACACAGGAAAAAAGACAUUCCAAUGUUCCCAGUGUGGAAAAGGUUUUCUUUGGUUAUAUCACCUGAAUAGGCAUGAGAGGACACACACAGGAGAAAAACCUUUCCAAUGCUCCCAGUGUGGUAAGAGUUUUAACGAAUUAGGGUACCUAUUAAUACAUAAGAGAAUACACUCUGGAGAGAAGCCUUACCACUGCUCAAAAUGUGGAAUGACUUUUACCUGGUUAGGGAGCCUGAAAACACAUGAGAGAAUACACACUGGAGAAAAUCCUUUCCAAUGUUCCCACUGUGGAAAGAGUUUUACCCAGUUAGGGAACCUAAAUCGGCACAAGAGGACACACACAGGAGAGAAGCCUUACCAAUGCUCUCAGUGUGGAAAGAGUUUUAGGGGUUUAGUGAGUCUGAAACAGCAUAAGAGAAUACACACAGGAGAGAAGCCUUAUCACUGUUCCCAGUGUGGAAAGAGUUUUAGAUGGUUAGGUACCUUGAAAAUGCAUGAGAGGGCACACACAGGAGAAAAGCCUUACCAAUGCACCAUGUGUGGAAAGAGAUUUACCCAGUUAAAGUCCAUGAAAUUGCAUGGAAGAAUACAUACUGGAGAGAAGCCUUACCACUGCUCCCACUGUGGAAUGACUUUUACCUGGUUAGUAAAUAUGAAAACUCAUGAGAGAAUACACACAGGAGAGAAGCCUUAUCAAUGUUCCCAGUGUGGAAAGAAUUUUAGGGGUUUAGUGAACCUGAAACAGCAUGAGAGGACACACCCACAAGAAAAGCCUUACCAAUGCUCCCUGUGUGGAAAGCGUUUUACAAAGUUAGGGGGUCUGACAAGGCAUGAGAGGACACACACAGGAGGGGAUAAGACCUACCACUGCUCCCUGUGCGGAAAGACAUUUAACAGGUUAAGGCAUCUGAAUAAGCAUGAAAGAAUACAUACACAGGAGGAGAAGACAUACCACUGCUCUCAUUGUGGAAAGACAUUUUCCCAGUCAGAGGACCUGAAAUCACAUGAGAGAAUAGAGAGGCUGUGUUCUGACUUAUGUUUUUGACUGACAAUUUGUGUUUUUGUUUACACCACAUUAAUAAAUCAUAUUGUUUAUAUGAAGUCUUCAACAAAAUAGGUUUACUUAAAGAAAAUGUUUGUUUCAUGUCUAAAAUGAGAUUUUAAAAAAUGAUGUACAUUGAUAUUUUGGAUACAAGUGUACAGGUUUCAGGCUCAUACAGAGCAGGUGCAUAACAAAGUUUGUAAUUUUCAAUGAUAGUAAGUAAGUAGCCUUGCAGGAGCCUUCGAUUGUCUGAUCCAGAACAGCUCAUAGUAACAGGAACCUUGGCUUAUCUGAGCCAGAACAGCUCAUAGUAACAGGAGCCUACUUCCCCUGGACAGGACUCUAGUCUAUAGAAUACCACAGUAUAGUAACAGGAGCCUACUUCCCCUGGACAGGACUCUAGUCUAUAGAGUACCACAGUAUAGUAAUAGGAGUCUAUCUCCUGUUUCUGUAGUGUGAGGCAGCUUGAUGUACAGUACUUCCCCUGGACAAGAUGCUAGUCUUAAUAUUUUACUGCUUCUCUUUAAUUAUUUGUUACUUUUAUUUCUUAUUUGUAUUUUUUUAUUUUUAAACUGCAUUGUUGGU